CCGGUAAUACUUGUACCCUCUUCUUUUGUUCCUAGACUUUCUCGCUUGGAUUCUUUCUGUGUUUUGUUCUGCUUCGUUCGUUAAAGGUCCUCUCUGUUCCUUCCUUCAUCCCUUGCAAGAUCAUCUCGGUACAGGAACUUAGACGAUGACAACUGGAAAGGGCAAGGGACCAGUGAGGAAAUCAAAGGAAGUAUUGAAGCCAGUUGAUGACCGAAAGGUAGGGAAGCGAAAGGCUGCUUAUAAGCCUGACAUCAGUAGUGCAAAGUCAAAGAAGGCCAAGAAAGAUCCCAACAAACCAAAAAGACCACCCAGUGCUUUCUUUGUGUUCCUUGAGGAGUUCAGAAAGACUUUUAAGGAACAAAAUCCUAAUGUGAAGGCUGUAUCAGCUGUUGGGAAGGCUGGAGGAGCAAAAUGGAAAUCCCUGACUGAGGCUGAGAAAGCUCCAUACGAAGCCAAGGCUGCAAAAAGGAAAGUUGAGUAUGAAAAACUAAUGAAUGCUUAUAAUAGAAAGCAGGCAAGUUCGGCAGUUGAUGGAGAUGCGGAAUCAGAAGUGAAUGAUGAAGAGGAUGAAGCCAGUGGAGAGGAAGGCCACCAAGUGGAGGAUGAGGAGGACGAGGACGAGGGGGAUGAAGAGGAUGAGGAAGAUGAUGAAUGAGAUUGGUGUGUGGAAUUUGUAAUAUGAUUUUUCAGUGGUAGGGAAUGCUAUUAUAUAUUUUGUCUGUGCAUACUAGGCCACUUUUGUAUGUUUGUGCUGCUAGAAAAUCUGUCUUCUGCUACUGGCAUGAUAAUUUGCCAGCUACUUGAGCUUCCCUCAGUUGUUAGUUAUGUAUUCAAACUCUCCUUUGUGCAUUGUAGCCUUAAAUGUGUUGGCUUAAGUCAUAUAAAUUUCUUUUUUAUCAA